AUUACAGUGGCUUCUUGAUUGGAAUUAAGAGCUUCUACUUUGUGCACCUCCAUUAAUGAUUGAAACGGAGGGAGAUUUUGGAUAAGGUUGUUUUCUGAGUAAGUGUUUUCCAACGGUAUAGAGAGGCAAUCUGCAAGUCUCUCUUUCUCGAUCACAGUAUUUGUCGGAUGUGGAUUGGUUUUUGGAGCUUUCUGUAUUUUACUGACAUCACUUCGAUUCGAAUCAUCCUUAGGAAGGGGUUUCCAAGACCAAAAGUCAGGACCAGGUGGCCCAACUGCAGAAAUUCUCGAUUGACGUUUAUAAGGUUAGCUGUUGAUGCUAUUAUAUUGGCCGAGGGUGCUGAGAAAAAGGAGCAAGUUGCAGCCUGGGUAGCUGAGAAGCACAUCAGUGCAUAUGCCAUGUGUUUGCCACAGAUUGAGAGUGGUACUGUCAUUCCUCCAUCUGGGUGGAAAUGUGCAAAUUGUGAUAAAACAGAAAAUCUCUGGUUAAAUCUAACAGAUGGGAUGAUCCUCCGUGGUAGAAAAAAUUGGGAUGGAACUGGUGGCAACAACCAUGCUGUCGAGCAUUACAAUGAGACAAAAUACCCACUUACUGUGAAGCUUGGCACAAUAACUGCUGAUCUAGAAGUUGCAGGUUAUAUUGGAUGAAGCAAUUGUGAAGCUUUCCCCUGACUACUUCUGGUUGGGAGGUGGGGAGAUCUACUGAGUGGAGAUCAUUUCACCGAUGAGAAAAUUGAUGAAAUACGAGACAAAUGGGCAUCAUACUUCACCGAAUAUUGUGUCUAAUAUUAACGCUUCAUUGAUCUCUUUUUGUGGAUGUUUCAUGCUAUUAAAAUCAUAUAUAAUUGCCUUAUUAUAUUUUUGGUGCAAUUUUGUAACGUAUGAAGUGUAAAAGAUAUAGUUAUUAUAGACUUGAAACUAUUUAGGUGGUUUAUUUU